AUACAAGCAAAUUACAUAAAAAGUUUCGUCAAUAAUACGAUAAUUACGAAAGUAAAUACUCGUAUAUUUGUUUUGAAAAGUUAUUCCAGAUCCUCUGAAUUUUCCUGCUGAAUUUUACUAAGAAUGACGGAAGACAACGAUGACUAUUUUCCUCACAACUUCCUCAAAACGCUCUAUAUAUGAAAGGAAAUGUAACUGGGGUCAUGAUCACAUAAUUUUUAUAACACUUUUUAUUUAAAAAGUUUAAUUUUUAUAAUAAAUUUUGUUCAUUUAUUACCUAGCAAUGAAAAAUUUUCAAAUUGAGCAUCUAAUUAUAAAAUUUUAAACACAUAUAACCGAUUUAAAAGCAUUUUAAACACGUCCUUGCAAAUAACUUAAGUAUAGCCAAGUAUUUUCUAUAUUUAAAUUGAAAAUUGUGUUUGUUUAGUCGGCUAGAAUUAUAUUAAAAUAAGAUAAACUACUUAAAAUUGUUUCGUCUUACUGGACUUGGAUCUUCAAACAAACUCCUGUAUUUUUGAAUAUCUGAGAAAGUAAACUGCAAAAGCAAAAUAGUAUUAAGUUACGGUUUUUAAACAUUAAUUUAAAUAUAAAUUAAAUUUAUACAAAUGCAUAAUAUAUCGAGUAACCUGAUCCAAAGCAAGUUUAAGUUGAUCGAAUAGUUAAUGUGAAACGAUCAAUUUAAUAUCGGCUUUAAUUAAGUGUAGAAUGAAAUACAGAAUUUAAAUUAUAAUCCUAUGUUUAGGAACGGGCACGCUUCAAAAUAUUUUAGAUUUCGAUUCACGUUGCUAAGCGAUAAAUCCGAGUAACUAAUAAACGAAAUAGUAUUACGUUAACGACGUCGCCUCUGGUAGAAUAUGCAGAACGGAGCUCCUCCUCCUUUCGAUGAAAUGUGUACAAUAUAAAGAGAUGUAAUUGCAGGAAAUGGAACAGUAUAGCAUUAUCUAACACGUCAUCUCAGUGUAGAUUUAGACUUGAAACAACACAGCAUGGCUGACACAGCGAAACGUGAAAGAAAGAAAUUAAUGCUGAAUAAGGCAAAAAGUUGUUUGGCAGAUGAGGAUUUAAGUAUCUACGAAGAAGAAUUCCUCAGUUUAAUCAAAAAUGGCGACUUGAUCAGUUUAAAAAAACUCGUAGAUGCACAGAAAUCAUCUAUGAAUAUGGAUUGUUGCGACUGUAGAGGAUACAGAGCGUUGGAUAUAGCUGUGACUUCUCGCGACGAAAACUUCGUUAACAGUUUAUUAAACAUAUGUCAAUUCAGUCCCGCUCAUCUUAGAGGCGCUCUGAUACGAGCUAUCGAUCAAAAUGACGUUUCCGUGGUGGAAAGACUAAUAAUCGAAUAUGAAAAUAAAGAAGUUAAAGAUAAAGUGGAAAAGGGAAAUAUAGGAAUAACUCCCAUUAUGGCUGCAGCUAUCAAUGAAAAUUUUGAAAUUACCAGGUUAUUACUACAUCAUGGAUACACUGUCGAAAAACCUCAUCUACCUAGAUGUACUUGUAUGGAUUGUCGCACGGAUCACUUCAAAAAGUUCGAAACUUUGGGAGAAUCUUUAGCUCGAAUUAAUGCAUAUCGAGCACUCGCUAGCCCCAUUUACAUCGUUUUGACAUCCAAAGAUCCAAUUUUGACGUCUUUUAAGCUCAGUCGUGAAACUUACCAUCUUUCCUUGGAUUUUCCCGAACACCAGGAUGUUUACCUUAAGUUAUCUGAUCAAUGUUCCAAGUUUGCUGCCGAUCUCUUGGAACAGUGUAAAAAUACAGAAGAAGUGGAACUUCUUUUAGUUCAAAAGAAAGGUUUAAAAGACAUCAGACCACAUAGAUACAGCAGACUUUGCCUUGCAAUACAGUACAAACAAAAAAGGUUUAUAACACAUCCGAGCUGCCAACAAGUUUUACAUUCCACGUGGGUAGAAGGACUUAGCUGGACUCAUUUAUCGACCAAGCAAAGACUCUUCCACAUAAUUACCCAAGUCUUCCUAACGCCAGUCUUAUCUACUGUCCAUAUUUUGUUACCACGUUCCAAGAUUAUCAAACCUUUACGCGUGCCAUUAAAUCGUUUUAUUCAUUCCAUAGCUUCCUAUAGCGUUUUCUUAAUUCUUCUUCUUGCUAGCCUCAUAUGGGAUGAAAGGAAAGAUAUACGUUCGCUCUCCGGACCGCGACUCGUUGCAGAUAUAUGGAUUUUGGGCUACGUUAUGGAAGUAAUCAUCAAUGUUUGGUCCAUGGGAAUAUCGGAUUAUUUGCGUGCUUGGUGGAACAGAUACGAUUUGAUCAUGCAUAGUGCCUUUUUAUUAUCAGAAUCUAUAUCAGUUUCGGUAUAUAUCUGGUCAUGUUUUAAACAUGACAUGACGUGGGAUCGUAUGCAAUUGCCUUGGUAUCACGUUUUACUUAUAGGUGAAGCCAUUUUUGCCUGCGCUUCGGUUUUAGCAUUUUGUAGAGUUUUAAUGUGGUAUCAAGUCCAGUCCAAGUUGGGUCCAUUGGGCAUAUCACUAAUUUAUAUGGUUAAUGACGUCUUGCGUUUUUUAAUGGUGUUCUUCAUCUUGAUGUCAUCGUUCGUUAUUGGUAUUAAUUCACUCUAUAAAAAUUACGAAGAUAGUGUCCAGCUGGAUACAGAAGGCAAAAAGCAAAUCCAAAAGGAUAAUUUUACAACAUUGAAAAAUACCUUCAAAACAUUAUUUUGGGCUACCUUUGGUAUAGCAGAAUCUGACGAUGCGGACAUUAUAGUAACGGGUAAUUUUACUAACAGAGAAGUACGUGAACACGUAUUUACCGAAAGUGUUGGUUAUUUCUUAUGGGGAGCGUAUCAUUUAUUGACGGUAGUAGUCUUAUUAAACAUGUUGAUCGCCAUGAUGGCAGAGAGUUACGAACGAGUAAAGGAUAAUUCAGAUAUAGAAUGGAAAUUUGCUCGAAGUUCCCUCUGGAUGAGUUAUUUUGAAUAUCAAAACACUGUUCCUGCGCCUUUUAAUUUAUUACCCUCACUUCGACGAUUAACUUUGCUGAUUCGAUGGACAUUGAGUAAAAUUAUGAGAAAAACCUUAUCAUUAAAUGAUAAUCAGAGUGAUUCUACUACUUAUUAUAGCAAUAGAUGCUGUGGAUGUGCUGAAGAUACAAUGAGAGUUAAAACUAGCGAUGAGAUGUAUGAAAAAUUAGUGAUUCAGUUGCGACGACGUUACCUCGAGUGGAAGAAACAAGAAGCAAUUUCUAAACUAUCGACCGAAUUUUCCGAAGCGUUUUUGGAAAUAUCAGAAAAGUUAAAAAAAGAAAUUAUACAAGAAUUAAGGAGGAAUUCUACAUUAUCCGUUCCAAUGGUAACUCUCGAAGGCAUCAUUGAAAGUGCCGAUUCUAAAGAUCCCGAUUUGUAGAUUGAAAGUUUAAUUAAAAUUGGUAGAUAAAACCACAAAAGAAUGUAA